AUGUGCCUGAAGGUGUCAUCCGGGACGUUUCUGGGACAAACUUCUCAGGAAUUGCAGUGGAGAAUUUCACGAUCCGUACGGGUCUUACUGGCGCUAGCCCUCUCGGGUGGCGAGUGCUGUCUAGCAACAUCUCAGGAGCUGGCGCUGAUGGUUGGCACGUUUGUGAAGCUCAGUUCUACCUCUCCACAGACUGCAGCACGGAUUUGA